GGCUGCUCCCCAUCCCCUGCCUAGCCACCUGCAAUGGAAAUGCUCAUUCUGGGCCCUUGGGAACCUCCAGAGUUACAGUGGAGGCUCUGCUAACCCCAUCUCCAGGGAAAUGCACACCCUGGCUCUCCUUCUUACUAACCUGUGCAGAACAGUCUCGUCUCUAAUGCAAUAUUUUGUACACCUACCUUCCCGGGAAGCAGCCUCCAUUCAUAGGUUGUUAGAUCAAUAGCCACACUUCUAAAGAUCUGAGCUGUGUCUGUACUUUUUUUUUUUUUUUAGGUCUCUGCUUCUCUUUCUUCCUGUUUUCUAAGGGUUGCUACUGUCACAUAAAGUAACGUAUAGACAAUAAUUGACUUCCUUUUUCUGAACCCGACAAGUUUCAUCUCUGCUCGAGUCUCUUCCAGGUUACCCAAAAUGGUGCUUUUCUCAGUUAAACAUGGAGUUGACUCAAAGGACAAGCACUGGGAGGCCCUUCUCUUUUAUUUUACUUUCUAAGGUGCUUGGAACCUCUCUGUGCUCUGAGAUGCUGCCCAUGGAGCAGGAACUGGUAGAGAACACCAGAUACCUUCUCAGCAAAGAGGAGCAAGUCCCCUGCAGAGUGUGGCGAGGCGCCUGGAGCUCAGUUCUCCUCUGCGCAGCCAGCCUGGGGUCCUUUCUGGAUCUGUGGAUGUUGUCUCUAGACUGGGCCAGGCCGUCUGGGUCUGAACGGGUGUGUCUCUGGUUGGAAAUGCACCUCUCUUUAUGAAGGUUGCCCAACAUCCCGGCCCACUCAGAGAUGUGGAAUGGAGGCUCCAGAGUCCAACUGUUCUGCCCCAGCUGCCAGGGACCAGCCAGCUCCUGCACCUGGGCCCCCAGGGCCCCCAGCUGGGCAGGCCUCACCUCACCUGACUCUGAGUCCUGUCAUCUUGCCACCAGAGCAGGGCCUGCCCUCCACCGUGCUCCUGAAGGCCCUCCCCAUUCCACUGUACCACACGGUGCCUCCUGGAGGCCUCCAGCCACGAGCCCCUCUAGUGACAGGCAGCCUGGAUGGGAGCAGUGUGCCCUUCAUCCUCAGUCCCCUGCUCCAGCCUGAAGGGCCUGGCCCCACCCAGGCAGGCAAGCCAGCUGCCCCAACACUGACAGUGAACAUUGUGGGUGCCCUGCCUGUCCUGUCCCCAGGCCUGGGGCCCACACUGGGCAGCCCAGGAAAGUCACGGAAUGCCGGCAGGUACCUCUGCCCACACUGUGGCCGGGACUGCCUGAAGCCCAGUGUUUUGGAGAAGCACAUCAGGUCCCACACGGGUGAGAGGCCCUUCCCGUGUGCCACCUGCCAUAUCGCCUUCAAGACCCAGAGUAACCUCUAUAAGCACAGGCGGACACAGACUCAUCUCAACAACUCCCGGCUAUCCCUGGAGUCUGACGGGGGUGGGAGCAGCCUCCCAGAGGAGGGGGACAGGGUUGGAGAUCUCUCCACAGCAGAUGGCAGCGGGGAGAGUCGGAACCAGAGGAUGGGUGAAGGAGCACCAGAGACACCCCUCUCCCCAGAUGCCCCUCUGUCCCUUGUUGCCAAGAACCAAGGUGUGAAGGCGGAAGCUGCUUCCUGUCCAGGGUCCACACUUGCCCACAGAGAGACCUCUCUGGACUCCACCCAGAUGGCGUCACCUGGGAUCUUGCUGGCCAGCAUGCAGCCCCCGCGGAAGCUGCCAGAACUGAAGUCGUGCUCCCUGCAACGGCAGCAGGAGGCUUCCUCCGAGAAGCCCUGGGAAGCCAAGGUCCCGGAGGGCCGACUGAGGAAGUGCGAGAGUACCGAUUCAGGCUACCUGUCCCGCUCGGACAGUGCCGAGCAGCCGCCUGUCCCCUCCAGCCCCUUGCACAGCCUGUCGGAGCACAGCGCCGAGUCCGAGGGGGAGGGAGGCCUGGGCACGGGGUCUGGGGGCAUCAGGGCUGAGCCGGGAGUGCCAGGGAGCAGCCUGGAGCUGGAGAAGAAGCGGCUGGAGGAGCGCAUCGCCCAGCUCAUCUCGCACAACCAGGCUGUGGUGGACGACCCCCAGCUGGACCACGUGCGGCCCCGCAAGACCGUCCUGUCCAAGCAGGGCAGCAUUGACCUGCCCAUGCCCUACACCUACAAGGACUCCUUCCACUUUGAUAUCCGGGCCCUGGAGCCUGGCCGCAGGAGGGCGGCCCUCAGCCCCGCCCACUCUACCUUCACCCCUCUGGACAAGUUACGGCCCCUCUUCUUCCACUCUGUCCCCACUCAGCUGUCCACCACUGUGGAAUAUGUCCCCAUCACGAGGAGCAAUUCACUGCCUUUUGUUGAGGGCUCCAGGACAUGGCCGGAGCCGCGGGCCCUGAAGGAUGCCUGCCCCAGGACACAGAAGCCCCUGAGCCCCAGGCCCACCCCAGCCCGGCUGGGCUGCCGCUCUGGGCUGACCUUGGCAGAUGUCCCCAGUGGCCACCCCCGGGCCCUGGUCAGACAGGCUGCCGUGGAAGACGUGCCAUGUGCCCUUCCUGGAGACACCCCGGCCCUCAUGGAGGACCCUGGUGGAAAGAGAACUGUCAUGGCCGCAGGGGCAAGCUGGAAGGGCAGACCGACCAGUAAGAAGGGUGGCCAGCGGAAGCUGAAGAUGUUCUCCCAGGAGAAGUGGCAGAUGUAUGGGCACGAGACGUUCAGGAAGCUCUACCAGAAAGUGAAAAGCAGCCACCAGGGAGGCCAGAAAGCCAGGGAGGUGAGAGUGGGCUGUGGGACAGACCCGGCCCUUCCUGCCCAGGAGGAGGCAGUGGGGGGUGAGAGCACAGUUCCAUCCCAAGACAGCAGGACUCCCAUCCUUGAGGGUAUUUCUGCAGAGGCCAAGCCAGAGUCUUGGGGAAGUCUGCCAGCCCCUGAGGGAUCCUUGGAGACUGAGCCUCCUAAGCAGAGAAAGGCAGAAGCCAGAGUAGGAGGCAGUGACCAGCCCAGGGCAGCGUCUUCCCCAACCCUCAGUAGCAGAGGAUCACCCCAUUCAGGCAACAGGAGCCCUCUGCUUCCUCCAAAUGAGGGGCUAGAAACAGGAUGGCAGCUGCCUCCAGCACCUGGGCCACUCCAAGGAGGUGACCUAGGAGUGCCCAGGCUGGCUUUGCCAGCUUCCAAAGUGGAAGGGGGCAUUCCGGGUGUGGGAGGCAUGCAGGAGACUGGUCCUUGUACCCAACUUGUCCUGAGACGGCCCAGUGGUAACUCUGGGGAGCCCUGGCCUGCAGAGGACAAGCAUCCCUCAGAAAGGAAGAAGCUGAAGGUGGAUGAGCAGGGGCCCCUGGAGCAGCCAGGACCCCUGGGAGCAGAGACCCCUGGUGGUCCCGUGCAGGCUUCCUCCGUGCCAUGUCAGAAGCAGGAUGGUGACCAUGGGGAGAUGCCAGGGGGGACACAUGGGAGUGCCCAUCUGGUGGCUGAAGCCCUGGACUCUUCUGAUGCCUCCUCAACUGCUCCUGUUGCUUCCCCAAGCUGGGCAGGGCCAGGGGACAAGGAGCCCACAUCGCUUGCUGCUGCUAAGGACCGGGGCCACCACUCCCAUCUGGGUACUCCACCUCAGGCUCCUGGUGUCCUUGCUGCUCUGGCAGAGGGCGCCUUUCCCCCCAAGUACCUUCUUAAGGUACCUCAGGGAGAGAUCCCCUCGGCACUGCUUGCCACCCAGAGGCCACAGCAGGGUCAAGACUCUCUCUGCACAAUUGGGCCACCUGAGGAACAAGCAUCCCUUGUUGGACCAGGACUGGGGACACCCUGGUCCCUCAGCACAGGCUCAGGCCCAACCUCAGGUGGGGCAGAUGGCAUUCUGGAGCACCCCAGCUGGUCCAGGCCAAGAGAUGGAGGACAAGAGUCUCAGAUGGGAAGGGAGAAGAGAGAAGGGACAGACAGCAGAGUGCCAGCAGCCAGGGAAUCUCCUGGCUCAACCACAGGGCCCCCCUGGGAAAUGACCUCCUUCCCGGACACCCCCUCGUGUGAUGCCCACGUGGCCCAGGAUGCAGGAAGUGAGGUGCACGCCAUUCAUCGUCUUUGCAUGGGCAGUACCUUGGCAAGGUCCAGGACAUCUGAGGGUGUCCUGAAUCUGUGGACUCCCAGUGGGGACCUGGGGGGCCCUCAUGAGCAUGCCCCAGAAGGCCUGUCUUCAGAGCCACUGGCACUACGCACCCCCUGCUGCUCCCUGCAGCCUGGUUCCUUCCUCAGGGCUCUCACCAGGCCCCAGGGUAUGUCUCUGAGCCAGCCAGAACGGGCCCUGUCACUUCACUUAGGGAUGCCCAGGAGCUGUGGGGCCCAGAGCCCCUUCCCCUCGCUGAGAGCUGAGCCCCGGCUCACAUGGUGCUGCUUGAGCCGCAGCCUGCCUCUGCCCAUGGAGCAGAAGGAGAAGGCCGCUUCAGUGUACGAGGCUCUCCACUUCCCUGGGGGCAGGCUCCAAGAUGCAGGUCCUGACGCCCUGCCUGUGAGCAACCAAGGAAGGACCAGGAGGAGCCCUGGAGGAGGAGAGCUGGUGCAGACGCCUCAGCUCUCCAACCCAAUAGUCCCAGGAAUGAGGUCCCAGGACCAGCCAUCUGAUCCAGAAAGGAAGAAAGGACUGUUUCGCAGGAGGGUGAAGACAUUUCGUGGGAACAGCAAGCAGAAAAGGCUGAAGAUCAACCCCAAAAGGGGCUGGAGUGCUCAACUCCUUCCAGUCAUCUGCAGGACCACGAGCUGGAGCUGAUCCAGGCACAGUGGCUCUGUGCACUCAUGCCUUCUCCCUAGUCCUCCUCGCCACACCCCGAACUCUAGGAGACAGGCUCAUCAUUAGCCUCACUUUCUCAAGAGGAAACCACGACUCAGAGAGGUCUGAUUUGAGCUUGCCAGUUGCCUGUUUUCUGGAAUUUUCUUGCAGUGCUAAGUAGAACCCAACAGCUCUGGGGAGGGCCUCAGAUUCUCUAUUGCUAAAGGGUGAUGAAGGUGACACCGUCCCUGGAGCCUGCUAAGAGGAUGGAAUCUCCAUGCUGUGCCAAUUCACGUCCUGUCCUUCCCAAUGUCCAUCAUUUUUUGGACACAUCCUUUAUUCCAUGGGUCAUUCAGGCUCUUGUGAUAGAAGCCCAAAUCAGAGUGGCCCAAACAACAGAAGGCCCAUUGCCUUGUGACACAGGCUUCCAGGCCUAACCAUGAGCCCUGACCUAAAUGGGUGGACUGAGGAGGGGCAGUCCCCCAAGGGAAGAUUUGGAUGCUGUCCUCAGAGGAAGGGGAUGUGCAUGCUGAUGGACUGGAGUAGCUGCCUGUGGGUUCCGGGAUCUCUGGGAUGCUGGCACCUGGUUGUUACUCUCCUUGGCUUCUCACUAACAUCUGAGUGACACUGACAAGCCCAAAGUCUCAGGCAGCAGCAGGAAUGCAGAAGAUGUGAGGAGAGGAAGCGGGGGAGGGGUCUCCUGGAUGGUUGUACCUUCCCAAGACUUCAACCCAUCGAUUCCACAGUCAGUGUGCCCCUGCCAGCUGCCCACAUGUGGAUGCUCCAGGGGGACUUCCAAAAGAAGGCUGGGAAGCCCCACACUGGUGCCCCCAGAGGCCUGGAGAUGUCUCUCCAGGAUGCCUGGCAGAGCCAGAAGCAGCUGUGGGGCCAAAUGCUGUGUAAGAACCUCAUUAGGCCAGUUCUGACACUUUUUAGCCACAUAGUAAAAAUCUAGUUUCACCAAAAAUCUGGAUUUCUCACUCCUUUUGACUGUUAGAAGCUCUGAAGACACCAGAGCUGCCUCUUGCAUGGUGACAGCUGGCUGGGGCUGAGCACUGGCCACCCUUGAUGGGAGAGAGAUGUGCUUUCCAGCUUGCCGCAAUCCCCACCUCUCCCCACUGUCAUCUCAGUUACAUUGUCUACCUGGCCCUCAUAGGCAUUUGGGUUUGCAGAUCUUGCUCUAACAGUUGGCUUUGUGGGAGAGGGAGGUCCUCAGCAAGAGCCUGUGGAGGAAACACGAAGGGACAGGGUACAGUGGCACAAGGAGGUUUGAGUGAGGACCUAGAGCUCCAUCUGGCAGCCCCCGAGUAUGUGGAAUGAGGAUGGAGAUUUUUGUAUCUACCAAACAUUAUUGGUUAAUCUUGAGUCACUCACCUCUAUUCCUUUAUUGGCUCGUGACUGUCCUUUCAUUUAAUUCCAGUUUGGGGGCCAUCGUGCUUGCUGGUUCCCCUACUUCUACUAGCCUGCCCACCUCUGGCUCCUUGCCUGCUGCCCUGCCCUGUCUCAGCAGCAUAGCUGUGCCUGGGCGGCUCCCUUCUGCUCUCCUACCAUUGUCUGGCUGGAUUUCCUUCCAGCAUCCCACUGUCUUCGUUGGCCUGUUUGGAUACCCACUAGCCAGUUCCCAACAGAGCGUGAGCCUUUGUGUCCCCGGCACUCAGAGCAGUGACCGGCACUAGAGACUGUUAGAUAUUAUUGUGUGUUCAGUAUUAAUUGAACUUGGUGAAUACGGAUUGAGAGCUACCCGAGUUCUCUAUUGCUAUGUAACAAAUUACUGUAAGACUCAGUGGCUUUGAACAAGAAAGCCUUGUGAUUUCUCAAAAUUUCUGUAGGCUGAGGAUUUAGGAGUGGCUUAGCUGGUGUUUCUGGUGUGGGGUCCCUCAUGGAGGAUGCAGUCAAGGUUCCCAUUAGGUCUGCAGGCUUCUGAAAUCUUGAUGGGGGCUGGAGGACUCAUUUUCGACUGGCUCCCCCAUGGUGCUGGUUACCGGCAGGAGGCCUCAGUCUCCCACCCCACGUGUAUUCUCUCCAUGGAUAGCUGGGGCAUCCUUCCAGCAUGAUGACCAGCUGCUUAGAGCAAAGAUCAGAGAGGGCAUAGCGAAGCCACAGGGCCUUGGAAGUCACAUUUCUGCUGUUUCUGCAAUAUCCUAUUUGUAACCCAGGCCAACCCUAUUCCUCAUAGGAGGGAAGUGACAACCAGAAGGAGUUGGGGACCAUCUUGGAGUGUACAAAGUAGGAUAUGGUUCCUUCUCUCAAGGUGCUCCUGGUCCAGGAAGGGAGUGAGGGAUGGAGGUAAAUGGAAAUAACCAUGAAAUAAAGCAGGCUGGGGUAAGAGGAGAACUGUGGGUCCCAAAGUGAGCUGGCUACAGAGACAUGAAUUCCAGUCUUAAGCAGAUGGCCCCAUGUGCAGGCCAAUGUUUUAUAUUCUUCACAUAUAAUAAUUAACCCAUUUAAUUCUGAAAACAGCCUCGUUGGGGCGUGCAGGAGGCAGAAUUCUAAGAUGGUCCCUAAGAUUACCACCGCCUAGUGGGCACACACUGAAUCACCCUCUUCUUGGGUAUGGGUAGAUCUAAACUAACCAGAGAGGGUGUGAAGAUCAGAAGUAGAAGAGAUCCGAAAACCUGGAAGUGCAGUUGUUGCUCUCCUGUUGCUUUGAAGGGGCAAAGUAGCCUGUUGGUGGAAAUGGCGGGUGGCCUCAGAAAGCCGGGGCAGCCCCCCUCUGAUGGUCAGCAAGAAGAUGAGGACUUCGUUCUCACAGCUGCAGCUGAGCAGGUUGUUCUAAUAGUCAGGGAGCAUACAAGGUGACCUUGAGCUCUGGGAAGGCAUGUGGCCUGGCUAACCUCUGAUUUUAGCCUUGUUGUAUCCUGAGCAGAGAAUGCAAGUAAGCUGGGCGCAGACACCUGAACUUCAGGAGCUGAGAGGUCAUGGGUGAUGCUGUGUGUGGCUGGAUUUGUGGUAGCAUGUCAUGCAACACAGGGAACUAAACACACAGCUGCCAUGUUCACCUCUGAGAACGGAGACCCAGAAAGUGGAGGGACAUGCAUUGAGGCCACACAGCUAGUUAGGGCAAGCUAGCCCUCAGGCCAAAGCACUGGCAUGGGAGUUGGACUGAAGAGGCUCCUAGUGAAGAUGCCUCCAGGUUGGAGCAGGGACCCUUCACUCAGGCCUGUUAUGUGGUAACGACUCGGUUCAGUGCUGUUUAUUUUUCGGUUAAAAGGUGGAACCAAUGUAGAUUGAUGAUGCCUUCAUUGUGCAGGUGGGGAAGUGAGGCCCAGAGAGAAGGACAGGCUUGUCAAGGGUCCUGCUGUGAGCCCAAAUCUGGGGCAUGUGUCCACACCCCUCAAGACUAUUGUUUUGCAGCUCCAACACCAGCAAGAAAGGGAGACCUCGGGGCAGAAGGAGUGGGUAGGGAUGACUGUCUCAGGCAGAGGCUGCCACACUGGCUCCCAGUGAGGCCAGAACCCUCAGACAGGCAUAAGGUGGCCUGGGCUGCUGGCCUGAUCUCACAAGGAGCGCUGUGCUACCUGGCAGCACCUGGCAGGUCAUCCACCUUGAAGCAGAUGAAGAAAGCACCAAUUCUGUGGUCUUCCUUCCAACAACUUUGGACAUUUGGAGCAGAUUGUAAGAAGUUUUUUCUUGUUUGUGAUCCUUAAAAAGUUUCUCUGGCAGAGAGAUUUCCAUUGUUCAUCCUACAGAUAAAGAGCUGUGUGGUUCAGAGGAUACGCUGGUUUCUAUGACAAGUUACAAGUCACCACUUUGUGGCUUAAAAUGGCACCCAUUUAUUAUCUCAGAGGCCUGGGCAUGGUUCAGUUGGGUCCUCUGCUGCAGUCCUACAAGGCCCGCAUCGAAAUGUGGACUGGGCCAUGCUCUCAUCUGCAGGCCUGACUGGGAAGGUUGUAAUCCCAAACUCCCUCAAAUUGUGGGCAGAGGUUGCAGUUCUGAGGCAUGGGGUUCACAGCAGCUUGCUUCUUAAAGGUCAGCAGCAGAGACAGAAGGUCUUUGCAGCCUCAGGUCUCUGAUCUCUAAACCCAUUGCUGAAGGGCUCCCCAGAGUAGGCAAAGCCCUCCCAGGGACUUUAAUUACAGCAAAUUGAUAAGGGACUUUCAUUACAUCAGCCAGGUACCUUCACCUUUGCCAUCUUUUAUAGGCAUCGAGUCACAGCUUCUCCCACCCUUGAGGAGAGCAAGGAGAGCACACAAGAUGAAGUGUCUGCCACAGUGGCCUCCUCAAGCUCACAUAGCUAGCGGAGAGAGGAUCAUGCCCAAGUGUCUCUAUCCUUGCCACUCAGAAGCAAUGCUGAGACUUAUGAUGUUAAUGUCUGGACAGGGUCCGGGAGAUGACCCUGGGUGAGGGGAAAUGGUUCUUUACACACCUCUCCCAAGGUGCUGGUUCUGUCUCACUUGGCCUGUGCAGAUGUGACCAGGGAGCUGCCAUUGUUGGACUCCCAGAAGCCUCAAGGGUCAUCAGGUUUCUGGUGAUGGAAUUGCCUGGAUAUCAGAGCCUCUCAGAGAAAUGGCUGUCCUUCAGAGGGCCUGGAGCUGGGGCCCAGUUCUGGGUGGUAGCGUUGGGAUGAUGCUGAAAGGGCCCCUCAUCUGCCAGUGUGUCACACUCAUGCUCAAGGCCACACAAGGAGUAGCUCAGUUCUGCUCCUCAGAAGGGCUCUGCAUGUUGAAGCCAACCCAAACCCACUUUUAACAUGGUAGUUUAUGGCUGAUUUAUAAAGAAGUCAAGAGUGACACAGGAGUUGUUUCAUAUGCAUUGACUUUGUGGAUAACUAUACAGGAAUAUUUUCCUGAUGAAGUAUGGGGCCUCUUUGUACACCUGCUUGCUUGUCUGGGUUAGUUUUCUAUUGCUGAUAUAACACAUCGCCAGACAUAGGGUGUUGUUUUAAUGACAAACAUUCAGUAAUUACUUUAGAGUUCUGAGGGCCAAUAUUCCAGCAUGGAGAUUGCCAGAUCCAAGUUGGGGUGUCACAGGCUGCACCCUUCUGGAACCUCUGGGGGAGAAUUGUGUCUGUUGGCUUGGGUUGGGUACAGGAUUCAGCCUCUCCGCUGGUAGCUCAGGUCUUCCUUCUUGUGCUUCAUCCUCCCCGCAGACACAAUCCUCUGCCUCUUUUUUCAUUGAUAAGCCCUCUUGUGAUUACCUAGAUUAGGCUCAACUGGAAAAUCCGGGAUAAUCACCAGUGUGAGGUCAGUGUCCUUUAAACACACCUAUAAAUUCCCUGUUGCCAUAUAAGGUCAUGUAUUCAUAGGUCUGGGGACUAGGACAUGGACACCUUUGUGGGGGCAUUAUUCUGUCUGUCACUCUAUCUAUCCAUCUACCACCCCCAUGUCUACAGGUAUCUAUCUACCCAUCUCCCUAUAUCUAUCAUCUAUCAAUUAUCUGUCUGUAUUUCACCUAUGUAUCAUCUAUUUAUCCAAUAUCUAUCAAUUAUCUAUCAUCUAGGAUUCUGCCUAUCAUCUAUCAAUCAUCUGUCACCUGUGAAUCCAGCUAUCACCUAUCAUCUGAGUAUCUGCCUAUGUCCAUCAAUCACCUCUCCAUCACCUAUGGAUGCGCCUAUCACCGAUCAGUCAUGGUCUGCCACUUGCGUUCUCUCCUCAGAGAGUGAAAGAACCUGUGUCUUGGGUCUGCGUAUCUAUGUGUCUGCCGUUUCUGCUUCAGUUGUCUUAAUUUCUAUGGAAAAUGAAAUCCUGCAGCAGAGAUUUCCCAGUGGGCCAGAGCUCAUGAAUGAUAAAAUUCAUGCAUCAGAGUAUCUGUUCUCUUUUCCUUUUUUUUUUUUGAAAAAUAAAAAAAUAUGGGGAAAUUUAGAAAGAAAAAAUACCAAACUUCUGGCAAAUGACAAAAACAAAAUUAACAAACAUUAACAUCAUUUCACAUUUUCCUCCAAGCCUUAAAAUAAAAUAAAUGAAACAUUACCGCAGGUAUUAUAUAUAAUAUAAUAAGUAAAUAAAAAAUUGAAUAUAAAUAAAUAAAUCAUUACCAUAUGCAUUAUAUAUAAUAUGUAGAAAAGGAAAAUAAAAUCAAAAAAAUAAUGAGGUAGUUUCAUGUACUUCACUCAAAAUCGUGUCAAUCCAUGAUUUCAUAUGUCAUCUAGAAAGUGAUGUAUUCAUCACCACCUAGAGCAUUGCUUUGUGCAUUUGAAGCACAUCAUAAACCUGCAGCAGUUAGGAUCCAUCAGCCUGACUUUCUAGCUCAGCAUUAUGCUUUUGAAGAUCCUAUGGUGUGAGGACACACAGGCCACCCUCCACUUGUCUUCGCUGGGGAUUUUCACCUCUAGGGUGAGGUCCAUCACUGCUCAUUGGAGCUCAUUGUUGUCAGGUUUUGAUGACAGACAUGCUUCACAGGAUCCUACAUAUGCCUCAGAUUUGUACGGGCUCUUUGCCUGUUGGAGACACUAGGUAGGUUUCCUGUGUGUCCACUGUGAUGCGCUUGUCUGUACUCCGCAUCUCACCCUCUCACUCUGUUCUGAACUUGAGACCUUCCUUCUGGGAAUGUUUCCUUCUGCCUAAAGCAUAUCACUUAGGGUUUCUUGAGGUGAGAAAGCACUCUCUGUUUUUAUUAGCUUGAAAAUACAUUUAUUUCAUCAUCGUUGUUGAAAAAUAUUUCUGCUGCUCACAGUUCCGGGGUGACUGAGCUUCAUCUGGGCACAUCAAAGCCGUCAUGGUGUGGCCCCUGGUUUCCAUUUGGUAUUGGAGGAGUCAGCUAUUACUCAGCUCUCAGCCACGUCUCUGCUUUUCAAAGUCUUUUCUCUCUGGCCACUUUUAAGAUCUUCUUUUAAUCUUUGGUGUUCCACAGUUUUACUUUGAUGUGUAUAGGUGUACAUGGCUUUUUAUGUAUUCCAUUAGGAAUCCAGGGAGCUUUUACGGUUUGUGAAUUCAUAUCUCACUAGAAAAGUCUCAGCUGUCAGUCUUCAAACACUGUCACCCCCCACCCCCCAUUCUCUUUCCUCUGUUUCUGAAGCAUUGAAAUAAUGUAUCUUAGACUUUAUCUUUCAUCUAUCUCUCUUUUACUUUUAUCAACUUUAUUUCUUUCUGCUAUAAUCUGGAUACUUUGUUCAGAAGUAUCUUUGAAAUUUUGCUAGUGUUCUUAAUCUACUGAAUUACUUUUUGUAAAGUUUUAUUGAAAUAUAAUUGAGAAAAAAGAAAUAUAAUUGAGUUUUAAUAAAUUGCACCUAUUUAAAGCAUACAGCUUACUAAGUUUCGACACAUGUAUACACCUGAGAAACUAAAAAUACUCUCAAGAUAAUGGACAUACCCAUUCCCUCCCAAAGUCUCCUCUUCCCCUUUGUAAUUCUUCCCUCUUGCCCACCGGCUGCCUCCCAUCCUCAGUAACAACUGAUAUACUUUUUGUCAUUAUAGAUUAGUUUGUUUUUCUAGACUUUAUAGAAAUGGGAAUACAUACAUACAUAUGUAUACACUGUAUACUGUUCUUCUGUUUUGGCCUCAUGGUUUUCAGUCGGCAUGAUUAUUGUGAGACUUGUCAUGUUGUUGAGUAUGUCAUUCCUUUGUUUUAUCAAACAGUGUGCCACUGGGAGGACAUGCCACAGUUUGUUCAUUCACUUGUUGGCAGACAUUGGUUUGUUUCAGUUUGGGACUGAUACAAAGGAAACUCUGCAUGCCCAUAUUCAGAUUGUAUAAGCACACCUGCUCUAACCUCUCUGGAGGAAGCUCCUGACCCUGGACUGGCUGGGCCACAUGGAAGGGGCACCGUUCCCUUUUCCUGGCACAUGUGAGGCCCUAGGUUCCAUCCCCUGCUCUGCAAUAAAUAAAUAAAUAAAUAAAUAAAUAAAUAAAAUAAAGAAGCAGAAGAAGCUGCCAAAUUGAUUUCCAAAGAGGCUGUGUACUUUCCAUAUUUGCACUGGCAGUGUGUGAAGGAGAGUGCCAGCUUCUUCACAUCCCUGGUGAUGCUUAGCAUGGCCAUUCUUUACAGUUUCAGUCAUUUAAAUAGGUGUGUAGCAGUAGCUCCUUAUACUUAGAAUUUGCUGACGAUAUUGCGCACCUUUUCGUGUGCUGAUUUACCAUUCGUCUAUCUUCUUUGGUAAAGUCUUUGUUCAAAUCUUAUUCCCAUUUAAAAAAUGAGUUGUUUAUUUUUUUACUGUUGGUUUUGAGAAUUCUUUAUAUAUUCUAAGUCCUUUCCCAGUCAUGUGAUUUGAAACUGUUUUCUUCCUGGGCAUGGCUUGUCUUUUCCUCUCCUUAACAGGGUUAAAGAAGUUGCAUGCAUCUUUAAUUUGGAUAAAAUUAUUUUUUGUUGAUUUGCUUUCAGUGCCCUGACUAAAAAUGUGUGUCUAACCACGGUCACUUCUCCUGUUUCCUUCUAAUGCUUUGUACUUUUAGGCUUUAUAUUUAGGCCUAUGAUCCAUUUUCAUCUAUUUUAUAUAAUUCUUAAGAUGUCAGAUGGAUUGUUUCAGCACCAUUUGUUGAUCUAUUUGCCCAUUUUAAUGUGAAUACCAUGCUGCCUGGACUAGGCCACCUGAUUUUAAGACUUAUUAUGAUGCUAAAGUAGUCAGGACAGUGUGGUAUUUGCAUCAGAAUAGACCAAGAUCAAUGGGAUAGAAUAGAGAGUAGGGAAAGGAACCACAAGUAUUUGGUCAAUUGAAUUUUCAUAAAGGUUUAAAGAGGAGUGGUGGGGACACACCUGCUCUUUCCAACAAAUGCUGCUGGACCUAGAUAGCUUCCCCACCAAUGAGUGGGGCCUCCGAGGCAUACCUCACCUGCUCCUCUCCUUUCAGGGACUGCUCCAAAGCCACUGGCCACCAGUUUAUGCAGUAUUUGGGGUGGUGAGCAGACUGCCAUCAUGCAUCUUAAGCCCAAGUCACCCCAGCCUCUAUUGCAACAGCCUCUUAAUUGACACCCCUGCUUCUAUUGUUCUACUGAGUUUUAAAUUCAGUUGUUAGUGGAUAAUAUGCUUUAUUUCCAGAAAUUUCCAUUAUUUUCAAAUCUGCUUGUCAAUUCUGAUCUCUUAGUCUUUACUCUUAUUUUCAAUUUCUUUUUUUAAACACACUUACUAUUGUGCGUUUGUUAAUGCCUACAUGUGGCAUCUCCGCACGUGGGGCUCGGCUUUAUGUAUCAGCUUCCUCUUAAGGUAACUUGGUUCUUUGUCUGUUUGAGGGUUUUUGAACUGUGAGCUGAUGUUUUUGGAACUUUGACACUGGGUUGAAGAUAGAUUUCUGCGGUAAAUAUUUGUUUUGCUUCUGCUAGGUGCCUGGGGGCCCUACCAGACGCCACUUUAAAUGAAAUUCCUGGCUUUAGAUUUUUUCCUGUCUUCUGUGCCUUGUGAAUUCAGUUGCAAGCCCACGUGCGGCUGUUUUAUCCUUCUGAAAUCAACAAGAGAGUCUUCUCUCCUGCACUCAGUUGAAGGUCUGAGUUGGGAGUGUUUUUGAGGUCUGUUGGGCAGGCAGUGGGGUGGCAGUAUUUAGCCCUAGUUUACCCAUGGGUUGGCAAGGACCUUCAGAGGGCUCAGCUCUAAGCAGGAACGGAGGUUGUCUUCUACUCUACUCUCACCUGGGCACAUUCUGGGCUGAUGAUAGACAAAUGCCCUCCAAGAGAAGGCGAGCUUGCCCAUCCAGGUCUCAGUUUUCCCUUUACCUUCUAUAAAAAUAUUUUUUAAAAAAUCAAUGCAUUUAGAUGUUUACAAAAUUUUUACAAUUUAAUCUGCAUUUUCAUUUGUUUUCAAUAGAAGGGUGAACGUGGGGGUGAUAUUCAAUCUGAGUACUUAGCUCACUCUACUGUUGGAAAUGGAAUUCUUUUUAAAAUCUUGCCUAUGAUUCUUUUGUCAUUAAGAAGUUGUGUUGUUUGGUUUCCUUUUUUUUUUUUUUGACUGAAUCUCACUCUGAUGCCCAUGUUGGCCUCCAACUCCUGGGGCUGACCUUGUCUCCCCGUGUCAGUGUGUAUGUACAUCACCACGCCUGGCAAGAAGUCCUGCACCUCGAUGUAUUCACAGGGACUGGCCUUUUCCCUUGUAACUGUUAGUUUGGGGUCUUACUUAAGAAGUCUCUCCUUACUCUCAAUCUCCCUAAAUCACAAAUAUACAAAUAUAUUCUCUUCUGUUUUCUUAUAUGAGUAUAUAUGCAUUC